CUCACCAGAGACUGUGCAGUGUGGCGAGGGGCUUCGCGCGAACACGUGAUUACUGCCGCUGGCAACCGCUACGUUCUGGAUUGUACGUCAUUUCUGCAAACAAAGCCUUGCGAACCAUUUGCGCCAGCCCGCUUUGCACACAAUUCAAACAAGCAGUGCUCUCCGGCGAAGGCAGUGCAGCACAAAGCACCAUCAUGCGCUCGUCCAUCUUCCUGCUCGCUGUCGGCGCCACAUCCUUCGCGGCGCCGCCCCUCGCGAAACCGCCGCGCUUUCAGCAACGACGCGCUCCGGUCGCGGCCGCGAGCCCCGCGGCGCUCGCUCUGAGGGGCGGCGGCGUGGGCCUCGGCGGCCCGCUGUCCUUAUUACCGCCGGUCACGACGCUGUCGUUUGCAUUAGCCACGAAACAAGUCACGCCCGCUCUGUUGGUGGGCAUCUGGUCCGGUUGUUUACUCCUCUACGACCUGAACCCCUUGGUGGCACUCCUCAAGACUCUGGACACGCACAUUGUUAAUGCGGUCGUAGACAGGGAGCACGCGACGGUCAUCCUCUUCAAUCUUAUAUUAGGUGCCACCAUAGGAUUAGUGCAAAAAGGCGGCGGCGCCCAGGGUUUGGCCGCGUCCCUCAAGCGCUUCGCUAAAGAUGCAAGGAGCUGCCUCGCGACGGCCUGCGCGUUGGCCGGAUUGAUCUUCUUCGACGACUACGCCUCUAUAUUGAUUGUGGGCAACUCGUUCCGACCUCUACUCCCAGCGUUACGAGUCUGCAAGGAGAAGUUCGCCGGGUUGUUGCAUUUCGUGGCCGUCUGCGUCUCCGCGUCGUCGCCCGUGUCGUCUUGGAUCGGCCAGCAGGUGGGCAUGGUGUCGACCGCCACGGCGGGCGUCCCCGCGGGCAAGCUCCCGAGCCCCUUCGUGCUCACGCUCGGCACGUUGCCCUACCGCUUCUUUCCGCUCUGUUUGCUGGCCUUUGUGGCGGCCACGGUUACCACAGGAAGGGACUUCGGGCCGAUGCGCGACGCGGUCGUGAAGAGCGAACGGGAAACAACAACAACAACUGAAGAUGAUGGUGACGCUGCGCCGGACAUGGGCGCCAUGGAGCCUUCGCCGUCAACGCCAUUAAGGGCGGUCAACGCUUUGGUGCCCUUUGGUACUAUUAUUGGCGCGACGCUCGGUGGGAUGAUCCUCGAUGGACGAAAAGCCGUGAAGGCCUCGGGCCACGUGGGCCGCGUAACGGUCAUGCAGGCCUUGGCCAAGGGCGAUUCCGUGCUUGCUUUAUUGUGGGGUUCUACGUUAGGCUGUGCGGCCGCCCUCACUUUGUUACUCUCGCAGAAGAUCCUGGAUUUGGACACGGCCAUGGGCACAGUAGUCGAAGGCAUGAAGGAGGUCAUCGAACCGAUCAUCGUGCUGGCGCUGGCGUGGGCGCUGGGCGGCAUCAUCCAGUCGACCGGGACUGCUUCCUUCAUCGCCGCGGCGCUCACGUCGGGGGGCCUGCCCGCCUGGGCUCUACCCGCGUCCACCUCGAUCCUGUCGUACGUCAUCUCCUUCGCGACCGGUUCCAGUUUCGGGACGAUGGGCAUCCUGUUUCCGUUAAUUGGCCCGCUCGCCUGGGAGCUGGGCGGCGGCGACCAGCGCUUGCUGACGCACUGCUUCGGCUGCGUGUUGGGCGGCUCCUUAUUUGGGAACGUCUUCUCGCCGAUCGCGGACACGACGAUAUUGACUCAGUUGGCCACGCGGGUGCCGCUGACCGACCACGUCCGGACCGCCGGGCCCUACGCCGCGCUGGUGGGCGGGCUCUGUCUCCUAUUAGGGGACCUGCCGGUGGGCCUCAAGCUGUGGGGGCCGCUGCCGGCCGUCGGCUUGAUUAUUGGGGCGCAGUCGCUCGUCCUGCGACUCAUCGGGAAGCGGUCCUGAGCGCUUGCUCGUAAGUAUAUUUAAGUAGGUCGCGUCGUCGACGGCGUGGGGCUCCCCCUUACGCCAUCGGCGCGUGUCAGUACCUAGAAGCUUACCCGCACACC